UACGUUAUUGUCUUCUUCCUCGGGAUUGCAGAAAGAGAAAGGCUGAUACGAUAUCGACCGUGUUUCGAUCAUCAGAACAGAGGAAAAGGUGAAGGAUUGAAGAUUUCCCUUCCUUUCCUCCUUCAGCCAAUCGAUUCACAGAACAUAGAAAGAGAUACGUUCAAACGCCCGCCAUUACCAAUCCUUGCCUUGGUUAGGCUGCUACUCGAACAGACAAACCUAAUCAAUCCUCCACAGGUAUAUUCCUUAAAUUGUUGUUGCAGUAAGUAAUAAUAAUGGGGAUUAUUGGAGCAAGAGGAAUUCAUUACCUAGAGAAGCUGAAAUCUGUUCCAAAGGAUUUGAUAGAAAAAGGCCAGAAUCGUGUUGUAGAAGCUUCCCUUACUCUAAUUCGUGAGCGUGCAAAGCUUAAAGGGGAACUCAUAAGGGCAAUGGGUGGAGCUGUAGCAUCAACAUCUCUUCUCGGUGUUCCUUUAGGUCAUAACUCCUCAUUUCUACAGGGACCAGCAUUUGCCCCGCCUCGUAUUAGGGAAGCAAUCUGGUGUGGCAGCACAAACUCUACCUCUGAAGAAGGGAAAGAAUUGAGUGAUCCAAGAGUCUUGACUGAUGUUGGGGAUGUACCUGUACAAGAGCUGCGAGAUUGUUGUGUGGAUGAUGAUAGAUUGAUGGAUACAAUAAGUGAAUCUGUGAAGCUGGUUAUGGAAGAAAGUCCACUGCGGCCUCUGGUUUUAGGUGGUGACCAUUCAAUAUCAUUUCCGGUUGUAAGAGCAGUUUCUGAAAUGCUUGGAGGACCUAUUGACAUUCUCCAUCUUGAUGCUCAUCCUGAUAUCUAUCAUUCAUUUGAAGGCAACAAAUAUUCUCAUGCUUCUUCAUUUGCUCGAAUUAUGGAAGGCGGCUAUGCUAGGAGACUCUUGCAGGUUGGUAUUAGAUCAAUCAAUAUCGAAGGACGCGAACAAGGAAAACGAUUUGGGGUUGAGCAAUAUGAAAUGAGGACAUUUACAAGAGAUCGCCCAUUCUUGGAGAACCUGAAAUUAGGGGAAGGGGUGAAAGGAGUUUAUAUCUCGGUAGAUGUGGACUGUCUUGACCCAUCAAUCGCACCCGGUGUAUCACACAUCGAGGCAGGAGGUCUAUCAUUUCGCGAUGUUCUAAACAUUCUUCAUAAUCUUAAAGGAGAUGUGGUGGGUGCUGAUGUAGUGGAAUUUAACCCACAAAGAGAUACUGUCGAUGGGAUGACGGCUAUGGUUGCUGCUAAAUUGGUAAGGGAACUCACUGCUAAGAUCUCUAAAUGAAUUAUUAGAACUUUUUUCAAGUAUUUGAAUUUUGAUAAUUUUCUAUAAACAACUCGCCAAAGGCUUGUUAGUUAUUUGCCUCAAACUAUAUCGGUUUAUUUAUUUCCAAUAAAUAAUGCACAAGCCUUUUCUA